AUGGCGGUUCUAACAUUAAUUCUUGGUUUACUGUCUCUGGCUGUCGUCGCUAAGACCUUACCAGUAGAAGUAAGAGGCGAUGCUGUUGAACUAACCUUAGAACCACAACUCACUGGAGGAUUCUCUCUUGCUAUAAGGGAAGGAGAGGAUAAAAAAAUUUUGGGCCAGAUUGGUAGAACAUUCUAUUCGCCUUUCACAUCCGAAGAAAUCGAUGGAGGAGUUCUUAUACACAUAGGAAGUGCAAACCUGACUGUCCAUACAUAUUACGAUGGUGAAGCCAAUGCAAGGGGCAUUAAAAUUAAAUGGGACUCUAAAGAACAACUCCGAUUCGAAGAUUGUUUUGAUUUCGGAACCAAGCAAUGGUAUGGUGGACCCAUGCAGGAGACUCAAAUCUAUCCCAUCCAAAAUGCCAAUCAGACAUAUACCGCUUACGUUACAAGAGAAGCAGACAAUGCAAACAUUGUGGAAAGAUAUUGGCUUAAUUCAGCCGGAGAGUAUAUCUAUGUUCACCCACAAGUACCCUUAUUCAUAGACUACAACCAGUUAAAUCCCAACAACAUCUGCUUCGGUGCACAAAUCGCUGAACCUUACUCUACAAGACGAGAGCAUACUGAACUAUCUUAUGACAUUUGGUUUCUGCCAGACGUUAAAGCAGCCCACAAGCACGCUGUUGCCAAUUAUCUUGGAAAGCCAUCCAGUUUACCAGAUUUUCGAAUGGUCCAACACCCUAUUUGGUCUACGUGGGCUCAGUAUUCAUAUAACGUAACUGGACAAAAAGUAAUGGAUUUUGCAAAUGACAUAAGGGCACACGGCUUCAACAAUUCACAGCUGGAAAUUGAUGAUCUUUGGGAGACGUGUUAUGGAUCUCUUGAGGUUGAUACCAAUAAGUUCCCAAAUUUGACCCACCUUGUAGAAGAGGUUAAGGCUCUUGGUUACAGGGUAACAAUAUGGUUGCAUCCGUUUAUUAACAGCGGCUGCGAGCCGUGGUACACAGAGGCUUUAGAAAAUGGCUAUUUCGUAGUAAAUGAGGAAGGAAGCGCUGAAGCGUCCUGGUGGAACAACAACGGAACCGCUCCUGGUCACAUUGAUUUCACGAAUCCACAGGCUGCCGGUUGGUGGUCGAAUAGAGUCAGAAAUCUUCUAGAAACCUAUGGCAUAGACAGUGCUAAAUUUGACGCAGGGCAAAGCAGUUACACACCACAGAUACCAGUUCAAAGUGGGGACAUAGAUUUGCAACCACAUAAUAUAGUUCAAGCUUUCGUGAGAACAUGCGCAGAAUUUGGAGAUAUGGUAGAAGUCAGAGGUGGAUUUAUGACUCAAGACCUUCCAAUAUUCGUGCGCAUGGUAGACAGGGAUUCCAUCUGGGGCCUCAACAACGGUUUACCAACAGUCAUAACAACCACAUUCCAAAUGAACUUGAAUGGGUAUCCUUUCGUGCUGCCAGAUAUGAUUGGUGGAAAUGGAUUCAAUUUGAACCAUGAGCAGGCGGAUGUGCCAUCGAAAGAGCUGUUCAUUAGAUGGGUGCAGGCAAACACUUUCCUGCCAGUCAUGCAAUACUCUUAUGUGCCAUGGAACUUUGAUAAUGAGACUGUAGAAAUAAGUAAAAAGUACACAGAGCUGCACGCAAGCUAUGCAGAAGAGAUCUACAACGCAAUGCGGUUGGCUGUUGAAGAGGGUUCCCCAGUAAACCCACCGCUCUGGUGGAUAGCUCCUAACGACCCAGAGGCGCUCGUAAUAUGGGAUGAAUACCUUCUGGGCGAGAACAUUCUAGUCGCACCAGUACUAAAAGAAGGCGGUAGAUCACGCAAUAUCUACCUCCCUGAAGGCGUGUGGUAUGAAGAGGGAGAUCCUGACAAGGCUCUUGUCGGUCCCAUUUGGGUACAGAACCACCCAGUGCCUCUGGACUAUCUACCAUACUUCGUGAAAGAACAAAAGAGCGAUCGUGAUGCAGCAAACGCAUUAAGUUUUGGCAUAGGUUUAACUGUACUCGCUAUUGCAGUCCUCGCGAUACUAAUUGCGUGCGCAAGCGCAGUUGACAUAAAGCUUGUUGAUGAUCCAAAACACACAGUAAGUCUUCAAGACAAUUAUAACACAGGACUCAAUAUCGUUUUAGACAGAAACGGUGUUCGGCAGGUCCUAGCCGUCUUAGGACGAUUAGCUGGCAAUACAACUGACCUAAUAACGGACGGCGAAACUAUUAUACACUAUGCUAACGAUACUCGUAUUAGCAUCACAACUAAAGAAGUACCUAAAGGGCACAUCAUCACGAUUGCUUGGGAAUCGCCGAGCCAUCAAAGACUAGAGGAUUGUGUGAAUCUUGGUAGUCAUCAUUGGUACGGAGGUCCCGAACAGAAGCGACAAUACUGGCCAAUAGAACGCGUUCUCUUACAAGACUACUCCUACGUCACCAAAGAAGCCGAUAACUGCGCAGUUGCGGAGCCCUACUGGCUAAGUUCUGAUGGCAUCUUCUACUACUUUGACAAGAAAGUACCCCUCCACGUCGACCAGAACAACAUUAAUAAGAACGCAGCGUGCUUCUACGCGCAGAUUAAACCUCCGUACUCGAACAAACGGCAGAGAAAUGAACUAGUUUACGCACUUGGUAUCUUUGAUAACCCAAGAACAGCCCACGAGUACGCAGUUGAGAGAUACCUGAAGAAACCAAGUGGAUUACCAGAUGAGGGUAUGUUAACUUAUCCGGUGUGGUCAACAUGGGCUAGAUAUAAGAGAAGAAUAAAUCACGAUAAAGUUCUGAAGUUCGCGGACGAAAUUAUGGAACACGGAUUCAAGAGUAGUCAUAUAGAGAUCGAUGAUCUGUGGGAGGUCUGCUAUGGCUCGCAGACAGUGGAUGAAAGAAGAUUUCCCGAUUUUAAGAACACGAUUGCGAUGUUGAAGAGCUUGGGGUACAGAGUAACGAUUUGGACUCAUCCGUUCAUCAAUAAAGAUUGUGAACCUUGGUAUUCGGAGGCAGUUGGGAAAGGGUAUCUAGUAGUAUCCGAAUAUGGUUCUGUGGAAACCAGCUGGUGGAACGAUAACGGUACCAGCACAGCGUAUAUAGACUUCACGAACCCAGAGGCUCGCAUUUGGUAUACGAACAGACUAAAAGCUCUGCAAGCUGAAUAUGGAAUAGAUAGCUUCAAGUUUGAUGGAGGCGAGACCAGUUGGUCACCACAAAUUCCUGUACUUAAUGGCGACAUAAACGACAUGCCUGGUGUUAUAACAGCAGACUAUGUACGAACAGUGGCGCAAUUUGGACCUUUAGUUGAAGUUCGGACUGGCUACAGGACUCAAGACCUUCCAGUAUUCAUCAGAAUGAUUGACAAGGACAGCUAUUGGACGUUUGAGAAUGGCCUUCCAACUGUCAUCACUACCCUUCUACAGCUCAACAUGAACGGAUACCCCUUUGUGUUGCCAGAUAUGAUAGGUGGGAAUGGUUACAAUGAACCGCCUUCGAAGGAACUCUACAUUCGAUGGCUCCAAGCUUCAACAUUUAUGCCGAGCCUACAGUUCUCUUAUGUGCCCUGGGAUUUUGAUGAGGAGACAAUAGAAAUAAGCAAAAAGUACGUUAACCUCCACGAGGAAUUCGCUCCAAAAAUAAUAGAAGCAUGUGAGAGAGCAGUCCAAGAUGGAUCUCCAGUGAACCCGCCUCUUUGGUGGAUAGAGCCUAACAACACUGAGACUUUUGACAUAUGGGACCAGUACCUACUUGGCGAAACAAUUUUAGUAGCGCCUGUGACAGAGCACGGAGCAACAAAACGUGAUGUCUACUUGCCAAGCGGAACGUGGCAGGCGCAGAGCGAUCCAGCACAAAUAUACCAAGGUGGCGAUUGGAUACGCGGAUAUCCAGCGCCGUUGGACACAUUGCCAUACUUCAUAAGGGUUUAA